GGGUUUUGAUACUUGCGAGGUGCCGUACUUCAGAAUCCCCGGAAGCACUGCUGCUGUCAUCUAACUAAACAAACAUGGGCUGAUUUUGGAGAACGUCAUUAAGAGGCGUAGUCCUCUGUAUGCAAGUCUAGAGAAGGUGACUGUAAGAACUUUUCUGUAUUUGGUUAAGCUUUUUUAAAAUCAGCCAUGGCUCUGGAGGAAGAGGAAGAGGAGCUGAUCGUCGAAGAGCCCAAGGAGGAGGACAUGUUUACACCUGUGUGUUGCCUGGGUUACCUAUCCAGCAUUAACCUCCUUGUGGCAGUAUGCGUUGGCAUGUAUGUGCGCUGGGAUGUGACGAGUGAACCAACGAUUCUGGUCAUCUUCAUCCUCGGCCUCGUAGUCCUGGGGAUUGCCAGCAUCCUCCAUUACUACUUUGCUAGGAAGAAAGCGAGUCUCAGCUUGUUCCAUUUGUGGUUUGGCUUCUUGCUCGGCCUCCUCUGCUUCCUCAACAGCUCCAGCUUGAGUUCCAAUGUCAUGGAACUGGUCGCCAACUAUCUCCUGUUGGCCAGUGUAUUAAUGAAAGCGAUGUGGGCUUUAAGUGAGCGAAUAUUCAGCUCCAUCCGCCACAAACCCACCUUUCUCACUUCAACUGAGCUACUGGAGCUCCUGGGAUUUGGCGUUGCCAGCAUGACCAUGCUUCUUCACAAGUCGGUAGCCAUUAUAGGUUUGGUGGUGGCCCUGGGGGCUCUCAUUGUGGACCUGAGGAUGAAAUCCCUCCUGGCUUUGCCUAACCUGGUCGGUUUUGCCUUGGUCACCUCUCUCGUGUUUUUCCAGGCCUUAGGCAUCACAGCCAACCCUUAUGCUUUAGGCUGCUACAUGGGCAGGCUGCUGUGUGAGCCUGUGUUGGAUGUGUACUUCAGCGGGCUGGGUCCUAGCGAGCGCUGGAUACCAGUGCUCUCCCUGGGGAGAGUGUGGAGGAGGCUGUCCCUGCUGCCGCUGAGUCUGAUUGAGCUGGCCUUCUUUGUCCUGGCUGCCUUAAAGCUUGGCCACUUGGAGCAGUGGUAUCUGGUGAUUCCUGGCUUCUGUCUGUUUGGCGUUUUCUGGUUCAUUUGCCACGUAAUUCUGCUGAUGACAAUAUGGGGCUUCCACACCAAGUUGAGUGAUUGUCAGAAGGCUUGGCAGGCUCAGCGAUCCAGAAGCCGGAGUCUCAACCAAGUCAUGGCCUCCAGGGGCAUCCGACACUUUUGCCUCAUUUCAGAACGGCUGGUGUUCUUUAGUAUGCUGUCAACGGUCAUACUGGCAGCUGUUUCCUGGCAGCCCUCCAACGGCCUCUUUCUCUGUGCUCUGCUUAUGGUGCUGCCUUUGGAGUCUCUCACCCACGGCUUGUUCCACGAGCUCGGCAGCUGCCUGGGGGGAACCUGUGUUGGCUACGCCCUGGUCAUACCUACUGCUUACUGCAGCGCCGAUGGCCAGCCCACUCUCCUACCACCUGAGCAGGUACAACAGCUGAACAUGCGCUCAACGGGUAUGCUGAACAACGUGCAGCGCCUCUUCUCCCACCACAUGGUCCAGACGUUUGGUUGCGACUACUCCACCAGCGGCGUUACGCUGGAGGCCGUGCAGACGAAGCUCCGCUGCUUCCUGGAGCUUCGUACAGAAGACGGGCCCCGUCACGACACCUAUCUGAUUUUCUACAGUGGCCAUUCGCACAAAGGCACCGGUGCUUGGGCUCUGGCUGGAGGCGAGAGCCUCCACCUGGCCCAGUUGCUGGAGUUGUGGAAGGAGAAGAACGCGGGCCACUUCUCCCGUCUCAUCCUCGUCCUGGAUACUGAAAACUCCCUCCCCUGGGUGAAGGAGAUCCGCAAGGUGGAGGGCAUCUAUGUCGCCGUGCAGGGGGCUGAGCUGUCCUCCACCAGGGUGGAACCAGAAGCUGGAGACACCCCCCUCCUCGGGGACUUCACUUCCGAAUGGGUGGAGUUCAACUGCAACCCGGACAGCGACACCCAGUGGUCGGAAAAGGGAAGGACUGUGACGGCCGCGUACGGCGUGUCCAAGCGCUGGAGCGACUACACGCUUCACCUGCCCACUGGAAGUGACGUGGCCAAGCAUUGGAAGACCCACUUUCCCAAGGCUACAUAUCCCAUGGUGCACCUCUCCAACUGGUGCUGUGGCCUCAACCUGUUCUGGUUGUGUAGCAUGUGCCUGCGCUGCUUCCGGAGGUUUAAGCUAGCUUGGUUCCCACCAGCUGUACUGGACACUGGGCAGGGCAUUAAACUGGUGCACUCUUAGAUAACGGCAGAUAUUGACAUGUACAUUUUGAUGCUGUUAGUUUAUUUUAAUUUUAUUUUUUAUAAAGAGCUGGGUACGAGGUGUUUUAUAGAAAGAACAAAUUAUACUUGUAUGCCUAUAAUACACAAACAGGCACACAGGUUUUAUCUCAUGAGUACAAUGUGGCCUUCGGUCAGAAAGAUUAUUCAACAACUUCCAAUCAUUUUUGCAUUAUGCUUAAUUGCUAUAAUGCAUUGAAGUUGUGCUGUUAUUAUAUCAUAACAUAGGCUCAAUGUUGUAUAGCCCAAAAUGAGGGAUUGAAAAACCGCAGAAAGCAUUAUUUUUAUGGUUCGGGAAAUCACAUUUAUGGUGAAUUGAACUAUAUUUAGUAUGUAGCUAUGGUUUCUUAACAUGAGGUAAACGACCACAUUUUGUGUUAAUAUAUUAUAUUUUGGGGCUGAGUGAUCUAUGAUUUUGAAUACAAUUUUGCCAUUACUGCAAAAGAUUUCUGGUUCUCUUUUUUUUUUUUUUUACAAAGUGCAAUUUUUUUUCAAUAUCUGUGCCUGGAAGAUGGAUUUGGGGUAAUCUUUUAAUAUGAUUGCCUUUAUUUGUUUACAUGUAAAUAUGUGUGUAUAGUUCAUAUAUUUGAACUGUAUAGACUUAAACUGUGUGAGUGGGGAGGGACUCAACAGCACAGACCAACAAUGACUGCUGUGGGGCUGACCUCUGACCCUCUGGUUAUGGGAUGGUAUAACCAAGCAGCCAACCUGAGACUCUUGCUGUGGGAUGUUUCCUGGACUGAACCAAGACCGAUGCUUCCCCUGAAGGCCCUAUAUUAUCUCUCGACAUUGUCCCUGUACUGUGCCUUGCGUUGAUUUACACAAAUGAAUUCUAGUUGAAGUCAUUUGCGCUGCACAAACACAGCAUAUUCAAGUUUUCUAGCUCCUUGCCACGCUUCGAAAAAGUGACAUGUCAUAAUUCAAGAAGCUCCCAAUGCUUUUUAUUGGUGCACUGACCUUAAGAACUUCUAUUGACGAUCCUUUAUUGUCUUCUUUAUUUGCGGCCUUUCUCCUACACAACCUCAAACUCCGGAGUGGAUUGCUGCCUUAAUGGUGUCAAGUGUCACUUUCCACAUGUUGAAUCCCCUUGUGCCUCACUUGAGUUAUAAACUCGAAUAAUAAACUGAUUAAACUUC